AUGGAAAGGAAAGCACGAAAAGGAAAUAAAAAGACGCAGAUGUCAGUAAAAUUCUGUUUGAGAAAUCACUCAAGCGAUGAAACAUGGGUAGAUGAACAAGAGGUCGAGAAAAGACGCCUGAGGUGUCGUCGAGAAUUUGCAAAUGUUCACACGAGAGAACGUAUUUCCGUAGUUUGUGUGGUUCUGGCUUUAGCAAACGGACCGGUAACAAGACAUCUAGAUAAUGAUAAUGACAAUAGUCAUGAUUAUGUUGAUGAUAAUAAGGACGAGAACGACGAGGAUGGUGAUGACGAUGAUGAUGAAUACGACAACGACGAUGAUAAUGAUGAUGAUUAUUUAAGUUUAUUGGAAAGUGUUUGUGUAAAAGCGAUGGAAGACGAUGAUUCCGUGAUCACGGAAGCAGAAAUCCGUCUCUCAUCCAUCAGGUGUAACCCUUAA